AUGGUUCUGAUUCUUUGCGCCCGAUGGUUCCUCAUAUUUUCUCUCACCGUCUUCGUUGCAGUCACCCACUGCCGAUGCUCUCGGUGCUUCCCGGUCCCUUCUAAGAGAAGGGUGAAGAAGAGACCCCGAAUCCUGACCUUGCUGUGUCUUCCAGAAGACAUUCUCUUCCAUGUUCUCAAAGGCCUUCCUAUAGAAGACAUCCUUUCCCUCCGAGCUGUGCAUUCUCAUCUUAAGUAUCUUAUAGAUAACCACACCUGCAUUUGGGCCUGUGCAAGCUUUCAAGAAGAGUGGCCUUCCCCGAGAAACUUGAAAAUCUUCGAAAGGGCUGCAGAAAAGGGUAACUUUGAAGCUGCUGUGAAACUUGGAAUAGCCUACCUCUACAAUGAAGGCCCAUCUGUUUCCGAUGAAGGCCGUGCGGAAGUGAACGGGCUGAAGGCAUCCCACUUUUUCAGCCUGGCCGAGUGCUUGAACGUCUCCGCGGUGCCUUUUGUCUGGCUGUUCAUCCGUCCCCCCUGGUCUCUGGGCGGGAGCUGUUGCAAAGCCGUGGUGUACGAGAGCCUCCGGAGAGAGUGUCAGCAGCGAAAAACUCAGCGAGGAUCGAUUCUAUACUGUUUGGCAAAAGUUUUGAAUCUCUUCGAGGACGAAGAGAAGAGGAAAGAAGCUCUGGAGAUGUUUGAAGAGUCCUCAAAGCAAGGCUGCUUGCACAGCUCUUACCUCCUGUGGGAAAAUAACCAUAAAGCUGCUAUGUCAGAUCCUGGUAGAUACCUUCAGAGCCUCAGACAACUUAGGGACUACGCAGCCAAGGGGUCUUGGGAAGCUCAGAUCACCCUCUCCAAAGCUUGCGGGAACGGAAGCCAACUGGGGCCGGAAAGCAAGAUGUCCCUGGAGACCCUCUCCCAGUUUUUCCAGGCCUCUCUUCCUCUGAGCAAGCAAAGCAUUUUCACUGUCCAAAAGGGGAUGAAUGAGACAAUGAGAUACAUUUUGGUGGAUUGGCUGGUGGAAGUCGCCACCAUGAAAGAUUUUUCCAGCCUUUGCCUUCACAUGACCAUUGGCUGUGUGGAUCGGUACUUGAAACUAAGACCCGUGCCCCGGGCUCAGCUGCAGCUUUUAGGAAUCGCGUGCAUGGUUAUUUGUACCCGCUUUGUGAGCAAAGAGAUUCUGACGAUUCGCGAAGCGGUUUGGUUGACCGACAACACGUACAAGUACGAAGAUCUGGUGAGGAUGAUGGGGGAGAUCAUUUCUGCCCUGGAAGGCAGGAUAAAGAUUCCUACCAUUAUUGAUUAUAAAGAAGUCCUGCUGAACGUCGUCUCGCUGGAAAGAAGGACUGCCUCCCUGUACAGCUUCAUCUGUGAACUCUCCCUCCUGAACACGGGUCUUUGCGUCUACUCCCCUGCCCGCUUGUCUGCAGCAGCUCUGCUACUAGCAAAAGUCCUGCACAGACAAGCUCGCCCGUGGACUAGCCAGCUAACGGAAAAUACAGGAUUUUCUCUUGAAGAGCUGGUUCCCUGUGUGCUGAGCCUCCACCAGAAGUGCUUCCAUGAAGAUGUGCCCAAAGAUUAUAGACAGGUGUCCCUGACUGCUGUGAAGCAACGAUUUGAGGAUAAGCGCUACGAAGAAAUUGGAAAGGAAGAGGUGAUGAGCUACAGCCAGCUCUGCUCCCUGCUAGGAGUGAAACAGGAAGACCCGGAGCCCGGAUCUUCGUACGUGAAUGCAGUGGAGACCUUCCUCACUUCCCCUUCUGGAAAACGUUCUAAAAGGAGACGGGAAGACAGCAUCCAGGAGGACCGGGGUAGCUUUGUCACCACCCCCACGGCUGAAUUGUCCACUCAGGAAGAAAGUCUUCUGGAUAAUUUUCUGGACUGGAGCUUGGAUGCUUGCUCGGGAUAUGAAGGAGAUCAAGAAAGUGAAGGCGAGAAGGAGGGAGACGUUACAGCUCCUAUUGGAAUUCCGGAGGGAAGUCUACCACACCAGGACCUCAGAAAGCCUUGCUGUUGCCAAGAAUCCAGCGAUGACGAGAGCCUUCCCAUCAUGAAGGAUUAUGACCAUCCCAACGAGGAGAGCGAGUUUCCCAUCGUCCGAGCCUCUCCUGGGGAAGCCAGCUCAGGUUAUGCCUCAGUCAACAGCACCAGCCCUCCUACUGCUACCGAUGGCAGCUUCAGCACGUUACUCAAAGCCAGUUUGGAGCAACCACUGAGGCUGGUGAAGGAUAAAAUCCUACAGCUGCCUUCGCGCUCAGAGUCAUGUUUACAUUCUGCCAAUGGCUGCUCUAGCAGGAGACAAGCCAAGAGGAAGAACGUAACGGCCUACAUUGAAGAAGAGAAGAACCACUUGGGUUUCUUGAGCCUUUGA